GUUUGCUACUGAGUUUCCCUGUCCUCGGGGCUACUUUAACCCAGACCCCAUGGCACAGAGCUUGGAUAGCUGCUUGCCCUGUCCUCCUGGGCAUUACUGUGGGAAGGAGAACUUGACAGCUGCAUCAGGCAAGUGUGAUGCAGGAUGGUUUUGCAUCUCAGCUGCUUGGACGCCACGGCCUUUUGAUCUGGAUAAUUACACCAAUGCCAACUGCCUCUGUCCCGCCACUGCCACUGGAGGGAAGUGCAUGGCUGGUUUCUAUUGUCCCACAGGAAGCCCAGAGCCUCUUCCCUGCCCUCCAGGGUUUUACUGCAAUGCCCCAGGUCUGUCCAUCCCCAGUGGGGAAUGUGCUGCUGGCUUUUACUGUAAAGGUGGAGCAACCCUGCCUAAUCCAAGAGAUGAUGUGACUGGGAAUAUCUGCCCUGCGGGGACUUACUGCACUGCAGCAUCGGCAGUCCCCACGCUCUGCCCAGCAGGCACUUUCUCUAGCCUGCCAGGGAGGAGAACACUUUCUGAGUGCCAGCCUUGCCCCUCUGGCUUCUAUUGUGAGUUACCUGGUCUCAGUGCCCCCACUGGAGAGUGCUGGGAAGGUUAUUACUGUGACAACCAGCAAGGGCCAGUUAUAGAUUUCACCCUUUACCCGUGCCCACAAGGUUUUUACUGCCCACCAGGGACAAACAGGAGCACUCAGUACAGCUGUCCUGAAGGAACCUUUGGACCAAGGCAAAGGCUAAGAACUAUCAAGGAAUGUCAGAGAUGCCCACCGGGAAAAUACUGUGAAUCCUCUGGACUUGCUGCCCCAACAGGAGACUGUGCUGAGGGAUUCUGGUGCAAAAGUGGUGCCCGAGUAAGAAAUCCUCAAGAUGGAGAAUCAGGACUUCCUUGUCCACCUGGUCAUUAUUGUCCAGAAGGUGCACCACUUCCACUAGAGUGCCCUCCUGGCACUUGGUGUGGCAGUGAAGGCAGCAGCAGUUUGCAGCAAUGCCUGCCUUGCCCUGGGGGAUACUACUGCAAUAGCUCUGGACAGAGGGCUCCCACAGGACCCUGCAGCCCAGGGUAUUACUGUGUCACCAGAGCCCAGACCCCAGCACCCACAGACGGCCUCUCAGGAGCUCCAUGUCCAGUCAAUCACUUUUGUCCUCUUGGAUCCAGGAGUCCAGCACCAUGUCCUGCUGGCUCCUACAUGCCACAGACCCAUGGAGAGAAGUGCCAUGCUUGCCCAGAGGGUGAAUACUGUGCCCCUGGGGAGAAGCCAGAGCCAUGUCCCCAGGGGCACUUCUGUCCCAAGGGCACAGCUCUUCCAGUGGCUUGUCCAGCAGGGUCAUAUAACCCCUCACAAAGGCAAUCCAGCUGCCUCCCCUGUCCUGAAGGGUUCUUCUGCCCCAAAAAUUCCUCUUCAUUUUUGGAGAAUGAGUGUUCAGCUGGCCACUACUGCCCUACCGGUACUGCUGCUGCCACUCAGUUUCCAUGUCCCCAGGGAACUUACAACCCACAAAAUGGAAGCAGCCUCCUGUCUCACUGUACCCCCUGUGACCCAGGGCACUACUGUGCACUGCUGGGGCAGUCACACGUUACAGGAGCCUGCUGGGCUGGGUUCUACUGCAGUGGAGGUGCUUCUAGUCCAACACCUGUGGAUGGUCUCCUGGGGAACACAUGCCCCAAGGGAGCUUACUGCCCUGCGGGCACUGCCUUUCCACAGCCAUGUCCUCCUGGUUACUACAGCAACUCAACUGGGAAUACUGGGAUCGAGGACUGUCUCCUGUGCGAUGCAGGGUAUUUCUGCAAUGGGACUGGACUUUUAUCUCCAACUGGAUUAUGUGAAGCUGGAUUCUACUGUAGUGGAGGAUCCAUUUCUCCUAAACCUCCCAGGAUAACAAUCAGUGGAGGACCGUGUCCACCUGGACAUUACUGCAUGGUGGGGAGCAGCAGAGCCCAGCCUUGCCCUGCAGGGAGUUAUAACCCAUCCUGGAGUAUGGCACAAUGUUUGGAGUGCCCGGAAGGUUUUUACUGUAAGACUGCUUCCACAAACUACACAGAUUGCCCUGCAGGUCACUACUGCCCCAGGAAUACAGAAUUUGCCUCGCAGUACCCUUGUCCUCCUGGAACCUACAGCGAAGCUUUAAAUAUCUGGGAUGCUUCCAAGUGCCAGCUGUGUCCUCCUGGAAGGGUCUGUUCCAAACCAGGCCUACAGAGACCAGAUGGACUGUGCGCACCUGGAUGGUUUUGUCCACCUGGAUCCAUGUCAAGCAAACCGGUGUUUCCUGGAAAUCACUCUGGCAUGGCAGCUCCAGCUUCUAGAUCUUUUGGGCAGUGCCAAGCAGGAACCUUUUGUCCUACUGGUUCAUACCUUCCUAUUCCCUGCCCACCAGGUUUGUACUGUGCAACUGCAGAGCUUGCAGCUCCAUCAGGUCCCUGUGAGGCUGGCUUCUACUGCACAGGGGGCUCCAUGCUCCCAAACCCUAUGGGUGGUGCAGUGGGGAACAUCUGUCCUCGAGGUCACUUCUGUCCUGCAGGAAGCUCCUCUCCAUCUCCGUGUCCCCCAGGCUCCUUCCUGGCUUAUCGCGGUGGUCAGGCAGCACAGGAUUGCCAGGCCUGUUUGCCAGGGUGGUUCUGUUCUCAGCGUGGUCAGAGCUCCCCAGAGGGCUUGUGUAAAGAGGGAUGGUUUUGCCCAGAGGGCUCUGUAUCUGGUCAGCACUCAGACAAUCUCUGUCCAGUGGGUCACUAUUGCCCUUCUGGCAGCCCUGAGCCCAUACCGUGUCCCUCUGGGAAAUAUCAGGACCAGGCUGGUAAAAGCCAGUGUGAAACAUGCCCAGCAGGAAUGUUCUGUGCCCUAAAGGACCACCCAGACGAUCUCCAAGAGAACUCCCAUGGGAUAAUCAAACCAACGGACUGUCCAGCAGGGUAUUACUGCCUCUCAGGCACAAAAGCCUACAAUCAGUACCCGUGCCCAGUGGGGACCUACAGUAACGAAACUGGACUAAGAAAUCAGAGAGAAUGCAAACCUUGUCCCGGAGGCACCUUUUGUUCCAGUGCAGGACUCACAUCCCCAAGCGGUACUUGUUUGCCUGGGUAUUACUGCACCUCAGAGGCACGUGUACCGAACCCAGUCAGUGAUGAGACUGGGGGCCUUUGUCCAGCAGGCCAUUACUGCCCACCGGGCAGCAGCAAGCCAGAGCCGUGUCCCACUGGCACGUUUCUGCCUCUGUCUGGUAAUGGUUUACCCUAACGCCUGCCUGCCCUGCCCUGGGGGGAAGUUCUGCCGAGGAGAGGGCCUGACCAGUGUUUCUGGAUUGUGUUAUGCUGGCUAUUUCUGUGAUGCCGGGAUCUACACAGCCGGAUCAUAAGCAGUGCCCCCCUGGCUCCUACUGUCCUGAAGGCUCUGAAUCCCCAGUCCCUUGCAGCCCCGGGCACUUCAACGCUGACAGUGGAAAACGGCACUCAAGAGACUGCCAGCUCUGCCCUGCUGGGUAUUUCUGUAGUGGUUCUGGAGCACAUACUCCUGAGCUGUGCCCUGCUGGGUACUUCUGUCUGCCAGGUACCAACUUCAGUGCACAGCAUCCGUGUCCGAAGGGAACUUUUGGCCCCAGGGCUGGUGCCACUAGCAGCUCUGACUGUGAGCCCUGCCCAGCAGGCAUGUAUUGCUCAGCACCAGGUCUGUCCCAGCCUUCUGGAUUUUGCUACUCAGGUUAUCACUGUGCCAGCGGAGCCACCAGCCCAGCGCCCUUCAAACACAGGGUAGAAUCUGCUGGCCUAAGUGUGCCUGGUAAUGACAUCUGUCCUGUCGGGCAUUUCUGCCCCAGUGGUACAGGGUAUCCCCUGCCCUGUCCUCCUGGAUCCUUCUCUGCUGUCCCAGGCCUGGAGGCAGAAGAGCAGUGCCAGCCCUGCCCAGCAGGACGGUAUUGCAGUGGGGCAGGAUUGUUUGAUCUGGCUCAGACGUCGCUGUGUAAUGCAGGGUGCGGUGAGAAAGUCACUUGUUAGUGGGAAAAUGCAGCUGAUGGCAUUACUGUAGGAUAAAGCAGUCUCUUGUGUGCAAAUAUUUAUACUCAAGAUUAAUUAACUGCAAAGACUUUGUUUUUAACCCUCCAGGUUGGCCAUACAGCAUCUGCUUGUGAUCUCACUGAAUGGCCUCAAAGCUAUUCCUUCUCCCUCUACGUUUGCCUCACAUUCUGUCCCAGCCUUAUACAUGGUCUUUUACUGUUUUUCCCAUAG